AUGGAUACAUUAUCCAAACUGUGGGAUGUGGAGACUGGAGUUGAACUGGUCAACCUUAACGGCCACACAGCAGAGGUGAUUGCUUUGCAAUUUUCUCAAGGUGGUAGUGUGACCUCUUCUGAAGGAGACAGUGGCUGUUACCAGGACACAGUCUGUGGAGCAGGUGCUGGUCGUCUCAUGUUGACCGGAAGUUUCGAUCAUACCGUGUGUCUUUGGGAUGUUCGAACAGGGGAUCGAACGCAUCAUCUGAUCGGUCAUGCGGCCGAAGUGGCUGCUGCCGCAUUCAGCUAUAAUGCUGUCCUAGUUGCCACAGCAUCCAUGGAUAAAACCGUACGGGUAUGGGACACUCGGACCGGACGGCAGUUACAUGUGCUCACUGGACAUACGGAUGAAGUACUGGAUGUCACGUUCGAUGCUAGCGGACGACGUUUGGCCAGUGCCAGCGCAGACGGGACAUCAUUCAUAUGGAACGUGGUGACUAGCGGGACAAAUAAGAGUUUUCGCACAGUGGCACAUUUGACCGGACACGAAGGUGAAGUGAGCAAAGUUUGUUUCAACUCUCGUGGGACAUCUGUCCUCACAGCUAGCGCAGACAAAACCGCAAGGUUAUGGGAGGCCGAAAAUGGUCAGCUGAAAAACAUUCUGGCCGGACAUACUGACGAGGUGUUCAGUUGUGCAUUCAACUACGAGGGCGAUACAAUUAUUACUGGAUCGAAGGACAACACAUGUCGUAUUUGGCGCUGA